AUGGAGGAUAUCACGGAUACCACGGUCGUCUCCCGUCUUGUCCCGCUUGCUCCCGCCCCCGCAAGGGCCUCCCUCGAUGCGCUCAAUGGCUCCUCCGAUACCGACCGGAUGUCUGCGAUGCGCUUUAACUGCCAAUCCUGUGUACGAAAAAAGAUUAAGUGUAACCGCACGGUGCCGAAGUGCGCCAGUUGCAGCAAAGCGAAGCUCCAGUGCGUCUAUCAGCCGCCGCGCAAGAGGAAGCGCAGCCGGGGCGAAGAAAACGUUCAUGACCGUCUAGCACGGUACGAGCGCAUCUUACACGACCACAACCUCCUCCCGACGGCCGCUGCCUCGACCCCCAGCGGCAGAGACACGGAACCCUCGGCGAUCAGCACUCGGGCCCCGACUCCAGUGUUGCCAGAUUCGCAACCCGGCGCUACCACUGGCAAAGUGUUUUCCAGUGAGGGCAGGUCUCGCUACAUUGACAAUGUUCUGCUCCUGGACGCCGGGGAAGGGGACCUGUGUGAGUUAUCAGAGUCCGAGCAAGAAGAUUACCACCACGACGAAACCGGCCCCGACGAAGGCUCCCUGACGGGUCUUCUUGGCGCUCUCGUUGCAAAUACUAUCUCGGGCGGAAGCAUGCAAAACCUCACCGACCUACACCCUAGCUACGAGCAAGCGGCCAAGCUCUGGCAUGCCUAUGUGCAGAACGUCGAGCCUCUUUGCAAGAUUCUUCAUGUUCCGACAGUCGCCAAGAUGUUCGACUCCGUCUCUAAGCAUCCGGCAGCCGCCCCGAAGAACGAUGAAUGCCUGAUGUUUGUCAUCUACUAUUUCGCCGUGUUCUCCAUGUCGGAUGCCGACUGUUUGUGCGAGUUUAAUACUUCGAGGGGACAGUUGAUGUCCAGAUAUCGGACCGCAGUUAUCCAGGCACUGGUCAAUGCGUCGUGGCUCAAGACGACCGCGAUGUCGAUUUUGCAGGCUUACACACUCUUCCUUAUCGCCUUGCGCACUCAGAUCGAUUCACACACAUUUUGGAUUUUGACAGGGAUUGCGAUUCGCCUAGCGCAGCGCAUGGGGCUGCACCGGGACGGCGAAAGCCUCGGAUUGCCCCCAUUUGAGGUCCAGAUGCGUCGGCGGCUCUUUUGGCAACUGCUACCCCUGGAUGGAUAUGCCGGACAAACAUCAGGCACGGGUAUAUCCAUUUCGCCCAACAGUUGGGAUACCAAGCAACCGCUAAACAUUAACGAUGACCAGAUCUUCCCUGGCAUGGCCCAGCCACCAUGUGAACAACGAGGUGCCUCAGAGAUGAUUUUUUGCUUGUCCCGAAUGGAGCUGUCCAACUUCUACAUUCGAACAAGUGUCAAACUGAAGAAAAAUGGGACCACCAUCCAGUUUCGGGAUGCCGAGGACAUUGAGAGGCUGAUCGACGAGGUGGAAGACCUCAUCGAGACCAAGUUUCUGCGGUACUGCGAUAUCAUUAAUCCCUUGCACUUUCUGACCACCGGCAUUGUACGCUCGGCCAUUGAUUCCGUCCGGUUGCGUGCCCGGAUGCCGCUACUCAAGCAACAAACCAUCACCGACGCCCAACGGAGACACAUCCGCGCCCUUGCGGAAAAGGUGCUCGACACCAACAGUGCCAUCUUUAGCAACCACAGCACUCAGAAUUUCCGCUGGCAGACGCAGGCAUUUUUCUUGUGGGAUGCUCUGCUCUGUGUUCUCCGAAGCAUUGCAGAGGUGGGAUUCUACUCGCCCUCCGAGCUCUCCGCUGCAUGGAGCAGGGUUGCGGAUGUCUACACCAAUCACGACGAACUCGUUAAGGCCCGAAGAACCCUGUACGUCACGAUCGCUAAGGUCACUCUGAAGGCCUGGUUAGCAAAUCCGCCCCGCCAGUCGUCCCCCGAGCCAGCAUUCAUCACUGCCCUGCGUGCCCAACGCGAACCUAGAGGCACUAACCGGCAGCAAGGCAGCAAGUUGUCGGAUGAGACGGCUGCAGAUGGUGCUUUUCGCUUCGAUGAGCUUUUCGAUGACAUGGACGGGGCCGACCUGGACUUACAUAACGCCUUUAAUCUCGACUCUUCUUCGGAUUGGCUGUUCUGGGACCAGAUGUGGCAAGGAACUAGUCUGAGCGGUGAGCACUGA